UCGCGAAUGCCUCUGGACAUUCGGCUUGUUUCCAAACCUGUGCACCUCUCUCUCCUCCUUCAUGAAAUUUCUGCGGAAGAAAAUGGAUUUUCUGAGUUUGCUGCUGCUUCUCUUCUCGGCAGUGGCUGUGAGCAGAGCUCAGGUGCAGCAGGAGCCGUCGGCAGAGACCAGCGAGGGCACCGGCAUCAACAUCACCUGCUCACACCCCAACAUACAGGCCGAUAACAUCCAAUGGUACCGUCAGCUCCCGGGCCGAGCCCCUACAUUCCUCGUCAGCGCCGUUACAGGCUUCAAGGAGGUGCCGGACCCGGAGGGGCAGCUGUGGGUGUCGGCAGACCGCCGCUCCAGCAUUCUGCGUCUCGCCCGGCCCCGGCUCGGGGACGCGGCGCUGUAUUACUGCGCCGUGGGCGCACGGGAAGCGAAGCCGGGGCUGCGGCCGGGCACGAAGCGCUUGGGGCGGGGCGGGGGCACAGUGCCGUCCGGGCCCGCAGGGGGCGCUGCCGCUCCUCCCCCCCGGCGCCGCCGAGCUGGCAGUGCUGAUAUGGAACGCGUCCCUCGCACCGCUCGGCAUCCUCCGGAGAAAGGCGUUCCAGCUUCACACCCUCAUGAACACGGCAUGUCGAGGUCACAGACACAUCUAAGUGGUCCCACAUUAGCUCUGUUUUCAGACUAUGAAACUGUGUGA